AAUUUUACUUUUCCCACAAUGGCAGCUGACUUUCAUUAGAUCUAAUUGUGUUGUUUACAAAUUAAACUCGACCUGUUUCAUGACUUUAUCUGAGAAUCUAAAAUUUAUUUAUUUUUUUUAGACAUCAUCAACAACAGGUUUUUAAAAUUUCCUACAAAAAAAUGGAACGAGAAGGCGCUAUUAAAUUCGUUGAAACUAGUACUGCCACCGUAAAGAUGUCUGGUGGUGUUCCUUUUGUUGAUACAUCGUUACACACAGAUUCUGAGUCUGAGGAUUCGGAGCCUGAAUAUGAACAGCAAGACAUUCAUUCUGAAACAUUAUCUAGACCUAGAUCUACUAGAUUUAGAUCAAUUAGCAAUGUUUCUAGCGUGUCUACCAGUGCUCACAUAGAAAAUAACAAUAUACUGGGCAUAAAAAACACAAAUAUUAACACCUUCAACAAUGACAGUGGUAACAAUGGAUUUGUAAACAAAAACAAAUCGAUAAAUCUAGAUUUAGAUUCUUGUCAUUCCAACAGAUCAAGAUCUAGUACAGAUGAUGACGAUCUCAACACAGAAACAGAAAGUAGAUCUACAUCUAGAACCCCAAUAGAUAGUAAUAAUUUACAGGUCAAAGGAAAUACUUUAGCUCAUACUAGAUCUAAUAGACAUGAGGCAUAUGUCAUGAAUGUCCCCAACGCUGGCAAUACGUUGAAUACUUCUGAAAAUGAACAUUUGAAUUCUCAUCAACACAAACAUGUGUACAUUCCUAAAGGGCAUUACUGGUCCCAACCUAAUAACUCUUCAAACUUUCAGCCCGACAGUUCAUCAUCCAAAGACGGCGAAUAUGACUCUAUAAAUUCAGGGUUCUCAAAUAUAUCUAUUCAGGCUAAUAAAUUUACACCUAGACAGAAUUUACAUCACAAUCAUCAUAAUAUUACAUCGAAACUAAACAGAGCAAGCUAUUCUUCUAGUCCUGAUGGAGAUAAUUCAUCUGGCACAGAUAAGGGAAAUAAUUCACCCAGCACUGAUAAGGGAGCCAUUUCACCUAGCACAGACAAACGAGGGACAAAUCGAAUAAAUCCGUUUAAUAAAUAUAGUGACCUCAAUGUAGAUGAGGAUUAUUUCUCAGAUUCACAAGAAAAUUUUUUCAAAACAGAUCAUCAUUCCAGUAGCAGUGUACUAUCAUCUUGUAAAGGUUACACUCAAGAGGAAAAUGUUUCAUAUGCUGAGCUUGGUUUGUCUGAAGAUCAUUUCUCUCACCCACAGGGUCUAUUUGGUUUGAGUUGCUCUGAAGAGUUGGAACUGGCUAUCGACAAUUGUAAGGAAAUGAUACGAGAUGUUACUCCAGGCUCGGAUAAACAAAAGAACUUAAUCAUGAAACUAGUCCAACUUAGAAUUAAACUUCAUGAGGUCAAGGAAGGACCCGAGCCAGUUCCAGAGAAUGUCAAGGUUAUUUUGUCUCACAAAAUGAUGAUGAAGAAAGGUCGCAGCAGUAAAUACUAUUGUGAGAAAUGUAAUGGAGUUAUAUGGGGGAUGAUUCAAGCGUGGUACAGAUGUACUCAAUGUGGUUACAGGUGUCAUGAGAAAUGUCUACAGCAGAUUCUAAGGACAUGUGCUUAUGCUAAGGUUCUAGAUGACCCAACGCUGAUAAUGGAUAUUGCUCCAAAAGAUCCACAUGGUUUAAUGGCACAAAACUACAGAUGCUGGGAAUGUCGUUCUCCUGUCUCCUUCAAAACUGGAAGCACUGAACCUAGACUCUGUGACUACAAUGGUCGUUACUAUUGCGAACUAUGUCACUGGAAUGAUACAUUCAUCAUACCUGCCAGAGUUUUACACAACUGGGACUUUACACCUCAGAAGGUUUGUAGAGCGUCCAAACAGUUUUUAAAAUUGAUGCAGAAGAAAGCUGUGAUAAGAAUACUUGAUGUGAACCCAAUGCUGUUUGUGUACAUUGACCAGCUCAAUGAAAUCAAAAAACUUAGAGAGGAAAUGAUGGUGAUGAAAAAAUACAUUUUGUCUUGUGCAUCAGCAAUGUCAGCCAAGCUACUUUUAUUGCUAGAAAGUCGGCAACAUUUUGUUGAAUCUUCCGAUAGAUAUUCAAUGCAGGACUUGCUGGACUCUGAAGAAAUCCUUCUUCCAGAACUAGUCCGAAUUCACAGUACCUGGGCUCAGCACAUUAAAGUGGAUUGUCAGCUGUGUCAAGGUCAUGGAUUUUGCUGUGAGCUGUGUAAUAGUCCAGAAAUAUUGUUUCCCUUUGAUAAUAUUGCCGUGGUCUGUCCAAAUUGUAGCUGUGUAACUCACAGACAUUGUGCUGCUAAAAAGCUGACAUGCCUUCGAUGUGAAAGGAGAGAUAAGCGUCAUGCGGAAAUAUUAUGAUUUUAUUUUUGUAAUCGAUUGACUAUUUGUUUUUUAGCAUCACAGUUUUUUUUACACUAUGAAUGUCAGUAGUUUAUUAAUUGCUUGCCUGGACAAGCUGAAGCUUUAAAUAGAGGCCAGGUUUCCCCACAAUUGCUAUGAUGCUGUUUACAUGAUUGACAGGCCAUUGCCACCUGAUUUUUAGGCUAGGUUAUAUCAUGAUAGUUUUUGAAGUGGGCUAAAAUAUGCAAUGUCUUCUUCAUUUGAUUUCAAUUCUCAUCUCUGCCUGUGGUCCUGUCUGGGUGAGUAUCUAACUGUCCCCACUUUUGCCCAUCUGCUUGGCAUCUGCUUCCAAAUCAUGGCGCCACAUAUUCCUGGGCUGUCCCCUCUUCCUCUUUCCUUGUGGGUUCCAUGUUAGGGUUAGGGUGUGGCCUAUCCAUCUCCAUCAUCUCUGAAGGAUGUCUACUUCAAUGCUAUAGACACUAAACAGCUUUCGAACUCUGAUUAAAAUUUUUAUAUCAUUUGGUUGCUUUCUCUUGUCUGGAAGUUUAUUUCAUCGAGAUGUUAAUAACCUUUUGCACUUGUCAAAAAUAAUUUAAUUACAUCUUCUAUUUAGUUGACCUAUGACUUUGUCUACAGAUGUAUCUUAAUUUUAUCUUUUUUUUUAAUUUUCACCUUCGCCUAUUCCUUAGUAUGUUGGGGCACCACCCAGGAUCUGUCAAUCACAUCUCUUUUUUACCUUUUACAAUGACAAAGCAAGUUUUUUUUUAAUGUUAGGCUUGUGUACACACAAAAAUCAACUAAAAGUAUGAAAGCUCUAUUUAAGAGGUUGUUACCGCAGUCAUUUUACGAUUGGUCAACAUGUUUAUAGUGAAACGUAUUAUUAUUAUUAUAGCUUUUAUAUAGCGCUACUUUCAUGCUUAUAGCAUGCUCAGAGCGCUUUUGGUCCAAUCUCAUUUAUGGACCAGUGGGGGGGAGGGGGUAACAAAUCACUGCAGAUUAUCAAAUAUUCUAUUAGAAAAUUAAGAAUCUUAAAGUUAGAUUGAUUUUAACAAGAAGUUCUGCCUGGGUCCUAAUUUUAAUAGCAUUCUUUUAACACUUUUUUCACUGUAGUAGAAAUAUAAAAAUGGAAUAAAAAAAAGAGAGAAAUAUUUUGUCUAAUUGUGUAAAGACAAAAGGAGAAAAGACUGUCCCUCUUACUGCCUGGUCGUGCGGUUUGUGCGCUGGACUGUCGUUCGGAUUUAUCGACCGUUGAGGGUUCAAACCCUGCCAUCUCCCGUCGUCCUGUGGGAGGUUUGGACUAGGAAGUAAACUAUCUUCAACUCUGAAGGAACAUCCGAAACAUGUAAAACAUUUUACAAUGUGCAUAAGCUCAUCAAAGACACAAAUACAUCUCUUUCAAAGUUCUAAUCUUUUCAAAAUAAUACAUUGUGAUGAGAUGCUUUCUACUUUCUCUAGAUGUUUAAUUUUUACUUUAUCAUGAUCAAUUUUUACAACAUCCGGUGAAUUUUAUUUUUGGCAUCUAGAUCAGCAGAACUCAUCUAUUUUCAUAUACUGUACAUUAUAAUAUGGAUCUAGUUAUCAGUCCUAAUGCCACUCAGUAACACUAUUCAAACUAUUCUCGAAUUUAAUGUACUAUUCUACAGUAUUAUGGAUUACAAAAAUAAGAAACCAUUGAAAUAUUUUCUGUUUUGUUGGACUAUGUGCCUUAUUGUGCAAUAAAUAUUUAAGCUUG